ACAUGUUCUUGUUAAAGCUGUUACAACUUCUCCACAGCUAUUAGAUCUCUGUCAUAAAAUGAAGCUGGUACAAGACAAAACACCAGGAAGAUCCUCCUUCCUUUGGCUGAAGAAUUUCCAAAACUUAUAGUAGUAGUAGUUUCUAUUAUGAACUGUUUGCCUUUUUUUUUUUGUACCAUUAUCAAUUAUGAGUCAUCCCCAUGUGCAAAUUCCAUAAAAGAUUGAAUGAAUGAAUGAUUGAAAAAGGAUUUGUGUACUUCUCUUACCAUUCAUAACAACAAGUUCAUGUUUUUAGUCUUUGGGUUGACUGGUAUUUGGAAAUGUAAGUUUAGUUAGGUUCGGUCUUCUGCUGGUGUAGGAAAGUCUGGUGAGGGUAAUGUUGGAAUAUGACAGAUGAGUGCCUAGCGGUAGUCGACUACAUCCAUCGGAAAUUGUCCAUUUCUCAUUUGCUGGCUGCCUAUAAAGAAUCCCACUCCCAAGGCCAGGGGCUUCAACUUCAACAGAGGUACAAGCUUUCCAUAACUUCUAUAUCAAAUUAUCACCUCAGCAUCAAAGGGAAAUACAAUAGAGCUGCCCAAGAAUGUGAUGCAAGAUUGGUUGGUUUUUUGCGUGAAGCAAGUUCUCCCUGUACUUUGGCUUAAUCAAUAAAAUACUUCCAGGAUCAUUCAUCACUUGCCUUGGCAAAUGGUAAUCGUUGAGGGUGCUGGGUUUUGCUGUGGUUAGUUUGUGACCCUUUCACCUGUCAUUCUCCGUGCCAGAUAUCUUUUGUCUUUAAAUAUUCGAUAAUCCAUUCUGCUAGACAUUUAGCUCCUUGCAAGAUGGAUUUGCAAAAUCCUCAGCACAGGCAAUUUGUUGAAAUAAGCGUGGAUGCUGCUGAUGAGGAAAGGAGUGUUGGAGGGAGUAAGAUUUGUGGGGAAACAACUUGUGGAUUUUCGGAUGCUGGUACUAACUCUAAAGAUGCUGAAGAGCGAUCAGCAUCCAUGCGCAAGCUCUUCAUUGCGGUGGCACUUUGCAUCAUCUUCAUGAGUGUAGAAGUAGUAGGUGGCAUCAAAGCCAAUAGUCUAGCUAUAUUAACUGAUGCAGCACAUUUGCUGUCAGAUGUUGCAGCUUUUGCCAUCUCCUUGUUCUCAUUAUGGGCUGCUGGCUGGGAAGCCACUCCCCGUCAAUCUUAUGGAUUUUUUAGGAUUGAGAUUCUCGGGGCCUUAGUCUCCAUCCAGAUGAUAUGGUUGCUUGCAGGAAUUUUAGUAUAUGAAGCCAUUGUUAGACUCAUUAAUAACACAGGUGAGGUGAAUGGGUUUCUAAUGUUCCUUGUUGCUACUUUCGGACUAGUGGUUAAUAUCAUCAUGGCUCUCUUAUUGGGCCAUGACCAUGGCCAUAGCCACGGUGAUCACGGUCAUGGUAUUGGUCACAGUCAUGGAGUGAGCAUUACCACACACCAUCAUCAUGAGGGACACUCCACAGGAGAACACCACCACCAUCAUCAUGAGGAGCACUCCAAGACUGAGCACCACCUUCAAAGUGACGAUGCAGAGCAUACCACAAAUGAGCACCACCAUGCUCAUGAAGAUCAGUCAGAGCCGCUGCUCAAUAAACCAAAAGGAAGGAAUAUAAAUGUCCAGGGUGCUUAUCUUCAUGUACUGGGGGAUUCUAUUCAAAGUAUUGGAGUGAUGAUUGGGGGUGCAAUCAUAUGGUAUAAGCCCAAAUGGAAAAUAGUUGAUCUGAUUUGCACACUAGUAUUUUCGGUUGUUGUUUUGGGGACUACGAUAAAAAUGUUGCGGAGCAUACUUGAAGUGCUGAUGGAGAGUACACCAAGAGAGAUUGAUGCAACAAAGCUGGAAAGGGGGCUGUUGGAGAUGGGGAAUGUGGUGGCCAUUCACGAGCUGCAUAUAUGGGCCAUUACUGUGGGGAAGGUCCUGUUGGCUUGCCAUGUUAAAAUCAGGCCAGAAGCAGAUGCAGACAUGGUUUUAGACAAUGUAAUAGAGUACAUCAGAAGGGAGUAUAAUAUCAGUCAUGUUACGAUACAGGUAGAGCGUUAAUCGAAGUGCAGAAUUUUAGAACUUGCUUGGGGCCUCAUUGUCUUCUCUUUUGAAAUCUUUCUAUAUGCAAAGUAUUAAACUUUAUAUAUAUAGGCGGCAUAUAGCUGAUAUUUAUCUUAAUUAGCGCAUCAUUUUCUGCUUCAUGGUCCAUAUCCAAGAUUUAAAUCAGUAGGUAUCCUGUAAAUUUCAUUUGUCGAAUCAUCUCUUUCUGUCAGUUUCAUGUUUAUUACCAUUUCAGUUCAAUAGAUUUAUGCAUUUUUCUUCUUA